UUCGGGUCUCGGCCUGUAAUUUUUCUUCGUUGUAAACUUUGCCUGUCAACUUUAAUCCGGUUUGGCUCCGGGGAGAGUUAGGAUAGUUUGAGGACGCCGAAGACGCGUCGAGAACCAGGGGUUUUAUCUUUACGGUUUGGAUAUUUAAGUCGUACUUUGCCACAUAAGCUUCCUUCCAUGUUCGCUAAGGGCAAACGGUGGCGUUGGAAUUCGGCUUCACCGCCCUGUAGAUGGAUAGAGCCUGCCCACAACGGCCAUGUUGGUUACUGGCAGGCGGAACUGAAGAUACGAGCUUACUUUAAAAAGCCAAUUCCCGAGGUUUGUUAGUUUUUGUGGAAAUGGAUACCGGGGGGAGCGAAGAAAGUGACCCGGGCAGGUUUUCCAAGGGAAACGUUUGGUUUAAUCUUGAGUCCCCGAUCCCAGAGAGCCGACCGAAGAGGCAGGCAGCGGCUCCCCGGGAGAGGAGCGAGGGGGUCCGGGCAGCGCUGCGCAGAUCGGGACGAGCCCGACCCGAGAACGUGGAGGAAGCAGAGCCUUUGAGUAAGAGUGCAGUGAAGAAGAGGAGGAGGAGGAAGGGGAAGGGGAGUCUGACCAGGAAGUGCCCCUCCCACACAGCCUCCGCGCGCGGGAUAGGAGACCUGGUGCUGGCAGCGGAGUUGGUGGAGCUGGUCGGGCAGUCCCAGGGGGGGUUGCUCCUGGGCUUCGAGAAUGAUCACCGGGGAUACUCUCUGCCCUCCGACCCCCAGGCCCUGACCCGCCUGGCGCGGAUCUUCACACAGAACCUGCACAGGCAGGAGCAGAGGCUGAGCGAACUGCAGGGGGCGCUCAAGAGCCAGGAGGCGCUGUACGCCCAGAGCAAGGAGCGCUGGGAGUGGGAGCAGCACACCCUGACGAUGGCCCACGAGGCUCGCGUCGACGCCCUGGAGAACGAGGCGGCCCGGCUUCGGCUCGAGGGCUCGGUCCGGCAGAGAGAGCUGGCCCGGGCCCGCUCGGAGGCAGCCUCCAGCGCUGAGACCGUUCUGCAGCUGGGGGCCCAGCUCAGCGAGAGGAGGGCCCGUCCUCGCCGCUGCGUCCUCUCCGCCAGGGGCCUGAGCCAGGAGCCCAAGUGGCUGCGUUUCUUCACCGGGUUCGAGAGCUAUAGCAAGUUCACGGCCUUCCUGGAGUUCCUGCGCAGCGGAGACGGGGGCGGGCUCUGCUGGAACCGAGCGGCCAAUCAGGAGGGGGAGGGAGGGGCUUCAGGGACAGAGGGCGGGGCCGAGGAGGAGGAAGAGGAAGUGGUUUCUGACGGGCUGGUCGAGGUGUUGGGGGAAGACGUGUUUGUGGACGCACAGGCUCCUGUUUCAGACUCGGUGACACAGACCGAGGGGCUGCCAGUGGGAGGGGCUAACAGCUCAGAGGACGGGGCCUUUCCGGGGCGGGGCUACUCUCGGCGCACAGAGGGCGGGGCUCCCAAUCUGCUGAGCCCGGAGGACCAGCUGCUGCUGGUUCUGACCCGGCUCAGGCUGGGGCUGCUGCUGCAGGACCUCUCCUUCAGAUUCAAGGUGGCCGAGUCCACCGUCUCCCGGAUCUGGGUUCAUUGGAUGGAGCUGCUGCAGAAGAGGCUGCAACAGAUCCCGGUGCGCUGCAGCCUUCGAUACAUCGACUCCUUCCGGCCCAAACACUCCGUCCUGCUGGGGCAGGGCUCGCCGCUGACCGUGCUGGAGUGCGCUGACCUGCUGUUCGACGUGCCGGCGAAGGAGCGUCAGCGCGGCCCCGCCCCCUCCCCCCAGCCCUACCGCGCCCUGUCUCCCCGCCGGGCCUGCGUCCUGGCCUCUCCCAGCGGCUACCUGGGCUUCGCUAGCGCCCUGCGGCUGGACGAGUGGGAGGCGGGGCUGACCCCCGGGCUGGCCCUGCCCCCUUACCUGUUCCCCUCGGAGGCCCCGGCCCCCGGGGUCCCCUGCAGGGAGGUGCUGAGCGUGCGGAGCCUGACUGACAAGGUGCUCACCUUCCGCUUCCUCCGCGGCGUGCACCCGCUCAGCAGCGCCGCCCACAUCGACCGUGCCUGGGAGGUGUGCUGCUACCUGGCCUGCCUGCUGCAUGAGCCCAUGGGUCUGCGGUGAGGGGAGAGGAGAGGGGCCUGCAUGCUGCACGAGCCCAUGGGCCUGCAGUGAGGAGAGAGGGGCCUGCCUGCCUGCUGCACGAGCCCAUGGGCCUGCAGUGAGGAGAGAGGGGCCUGCCUGCUGCACGAGCCCAUGGGCCUGCGGUGAGGGGAGAGGGGCCUGCCUGCCUGCUGCACGAGCCCAUGGGCCUGCAGUGAGGAGAGAGGGGCCUGCCUGCCUGCUGCACGAGCCCAUGGGCCUGCAGUGAGGAGAGAGGGG